AACAAUGACGACCCGAAGAAUUCGUUUUGCACCAUUGCCAGAUCCUCGACGCUCCGUCAUCCUCACCGACGAUGGCAAAGAACACCCUCUUCCAGACAACGGCGAGUGGGACGAAAAGGCGGAAUGGUCUUGUAUCCCAGAGAGUCUCAGUCUCGCCAUCAUAGGUCUGCCACCCACUCCCACAAAGACGACGACGUAUGUCCAACAACCCAUUGCCUCCAAAUCAAAAAAACGUUCUUCUCUCGCAUCCUUCCUGCGUUUCUCCCAUUCACACUCCCACUCAUCCUCCCCAUCAACCUCUCCCGAGUCUAGCCCCAACGCAGGGUACGAAUCUCUCUCAUCAUCCUCUUCAAACUCCAGCAUCCACACCCUCACCCCCACACAAUCCAACGAUAACUCUUCCCCUUCCGCCGCUACCCCCAAACACUCUUUCUUCAAACAAUCUUCCGCAACUCUUCCCCUCAACUUUGGCAGUGGCCUCUUCCGUCCUUCAUCGAGGGACUCUCCGUCUUCCAACAAAUCACGUUCCGCAGCCGAACCCUCCUCUUCAUCUCUAUCUAGAUGGACAUCAGGCCCAUCCAAAUCCUCACCCUCUUCUCCCCCUAUGAACUUUGGUGUCCCUUUGUAUCGCACUCAGAGUACCCAGAGUUACAAGAAAUCAAAGCGUCUUGCAGAACAAGCACGCGCCAGCGGUCUCUUAUCCUCACUACACUCUGACAAAACCAGAGGCGGCCAAAAGUUAUUAAACGGACGAGUUUAUGGAGCCAAGCGGAACUCAAAGGGUAUUCCUGUCAACCACUUCAACUCUAUCAGGGACACUGACCCUUCUGAACCUGAAUUCGUCGAAUGGGGCUAUGGAGGCAUGGGCGCCGUGAGACACCAGAAAGAUGGUGUUGGUGGUAAAGUCUGGUCGCGGUUAGCGGCUCAAGCUGACGACGAGUCUGCCGAUGGGGGUGGCAUGGAGUGGGUUAGGAAGAGGAGGGAGGCAAGAGAAAGAGAGAAGAAGGAGAGAGAGGAGGCAGCAGAUCAGGCGCAGAAACAAGAAGAACCGACACCCCCGAGACCUACACCUAUCACACCUACACAGAGCAUGAUCCGACAGGUGUCUACAGCUUCUUCUACGAAGAGUACGCCUACACCAUCGAGACAGCAGAGUCUGGCGAAUGACGCGGCAGAUUCGCAUGUGACGAGGGCUGUUAAGGUCCCUGCACCUGUGUAUAGGCAUCAUCAUCAUCAUCGGAAACAGUCAUCAUUACAAUUACAAGCUGUUUCUCCUCCAGUUGAGGAGCCGGUUAUCACAGUUGAGGAGCCAGUCGAAAUGGAAAUGUCGAGUCCGAUAACUCCACCUUCGUUUUCGACGUCUUCGUCUUCCGAAGACGAAGAUUCAGAGGAAGAUACGGAAGGAAGGGAGGGCGAUGAGGAUGAGGAAGAUGUUCCGGAGAGUGAUACCUUCCGGAUGACUUCUCGGAGUGCGGGGGUUGAGAAAGUUAGUGGGCAUGGGCAUCAUCGGUGAUGCACUCACGAUCUUCUUUUUUCUUUCUUUCUUCUUUUUGGAGUGUAUAUCAUGGGUUUUUUUAGCAUUUCUCCAUCAUCAGUCAGUCGUGCACAACUCAAUCCCCACCUCAUUGAUCGCAAUUGUCUUCAUUUGUCACAUCUUGCUCUGUUUAUUUUUGUUGUAUAUAAUCGUGAAUUCAUUAGCCACUUUCAGUAUAAUCAGAAACAAACUCCAAAUGUCUGAUAAAUGAAUCAAUAGUUGGAGUUGUGUGGAGUGCUAAGCUAGCAUUCCUUGGCGAC